AUGGACAAGCGUUCGGUGGGAAACUGGUUGGUUGUUGCCGGCCUUGCGCCGUAUAUGCUGCUAAGGGCCACUCAGAAGUGGUGGAUGGGUAAUUUGAUGGUGUUGCAAUAUGGGACUGGCGAAUAUCUUGGAGCUAAGGUCGGUGAUUUCAGGAACUUCGCCCACGAUAUCAAGGGCACGGUUUACGUUGUGGACGAGCACAGGUUUCUCAUCAAGGGCUUCGGUUAUGAUGGAACUGCACCCGAUGCAUUCUUCUGGGUGGGAACUGGUGGAACCCCGACUCCACAGGGUACCAUUGUGCCAUAUCCCAUCAGGGAAGAUGGUGACAGCAAGCCAAAGAAGUUGGAGAGAGCUGAUGGACUUGACCUAGUGAUCAAGUUGCCUGAUGGAAUGACUGUGAAGGAUAUCGACUACCUCUCUGUCUACUGUGAAUCCUACACCGUGAAUUUCGGCCAUGUCACCAUUCCCAAGAGCCUGGACCCUCCCAAGGAGACUGUUGUGGAUGGGUUUGCCACCAGGCGCAACAGUGUCAAGUCGGCCAGUGCCACGGUGGUGGAUGAUGCCACCAUCGUGGUGCCCAGAUUCAGUUAUGAUGGCAGAGCCUCUGAGGCGCAUUUCAUUGCUGGCAAGGGAGACACUCCAUCCAUUUCUGGGGACUAUGUCAUCAUCCCUGAUGAGCAGGGCAGAAAAACUCCAUUGAGACAGUAUCAGUCUGAGGACAUCACCCUGCAGAUCCCUGAAGGACACAGCAUCAGGGAUUUCAACUGGCUGGCUGUGUACAGCAAGGCAUCAGAUGAAGACCUUGGUCACAUCACUUUGCCUCUGACUCUGAAUGUGCCUCCUUCUUUGAAGAACAUAAAAGCACCUGCCUCUGGCCCAGGAACAUCCUUUGCCUUCACCAACUGCAUUGAACCCUUCAAAGGCAUCAUGCAAGUGAGGUGGAAGAUGGAGAAGAAUGAGCAUUUGGUGGUUCAGCUCAUGGGCAAGAUCCAGGCCACACAGUACAUGGCAUUUGGACUGAGUGGAGUGCCUGGAAGGUCUGAGAUGAUUGGUGCAGAUGUGGUGGUGGCCUAUUACAACACUGAUGAGGAUGCUUUCAGAGUCCAAGACUACUUCAUGAGUGACAAGGCCCAGUGUGAUGGACAGCGUGGAGUGUGUCCAGACACCAGAUUGCAAGGGGAGAAUGAUGCAGAGUAUCUCUCUGGAGACUUGCAAGAUGGCGUCAUGGUCUUCACCUACAGGCGCCCU